AUGACAGAUGAAUCAUCUGACAGGUACGUUUUAAUAUAAUACAGUUGUAAAAAGAUGGUAGUUUGCUGAAAAUGUGACGUGUGUCACGUGUGUCUAUGUCAGGGCAACUGAGAUACAAAGAACACUGACAAAUGCCAUACCAUACCAUACCAUAUCAAAAUGAUUAAAUAUAGAUAUAAAAAUUCUCGUGUGCACAGUAUAUUUAAUUUAAUUUUACAAUAAAUUGUAUAUUCAAUUUGUAGAUCUGUACACAAUGUAAAAACUGAAUCGAUUGAGCUUGGAGAAUCAUUGCGGAAACCUUGCUCUUCUACUAGUGGAACGUAUUCAAGGCUUGAUGAUUCCGAAUAUAGUGAUGACCAAAGCUGUGACAUCAAAUUCUUAGAGAUGUAUCCAUUGUUGCCAAUUUAUGAGCAGGGUUUAAAGAAAGGGUUGGAAGGGAAAAGAGUUGCGGAGAUUCUUUUGCAACCAAAUGAAGACGCUGUGGGCAGGGCUGUUACUACGUCAGUCUCUAUCAACACUGUUUUUGUUCUUGAUAUAUCCUCACCUCAUGUCAUGCAUUACAAAAACAUUUUAGCGGAUGAUCUUGGAACAUGGAUGGCAAAUGGGACAAAGUAUAAAUAUUACCAUGCUUCGAGUAAAACAAGGCCUCCAGUCACUGUAACCGAGGACGUUUUUAAAGAUACAAGUGAGCAAAACGUCUACCAAACAACAAGAAGGUUUUAUAGGAAUAAGUCAUCCCUGGAUCUCCAACAUAUUGUCAUCGAUUUAACAGGUAAGUUAUUGGUAAAUCAAACACAAGUUUCCAGUUUAGGUAGCCGGUCCAUGAUGGUUUACUGUAGGUGAAUGUUAUAGGUUUCUUCGUAUCUCAUCUCCUUCUCAAUUUUUGCGCUUUAUGAAUUUUGGGUUGUGAAGUCAUUAACGAGUCGCCUAACUGGAUAAACUUGCACUUCUAGCAUAACAAUCAGUGUAUGCUCAAUGCAGAAACGCUGGAGUGUAUCUUGAAUAGGGGAGGCCCAGGUGCAUUCUGAAAUGCACUGUUUCUGUUAACCUAACAUUUAUCUGCAUGACUGUAUAUAGUUAUUAAGUGUAUAAUAAGCCUUAUUAUAAUAAGCCGUAAGCUGGGUCAAACUAGGAUGAGAUGACAAAAUCUCAUCAACUCAACAUGAGGAUGACAAAAUCUCAUCAACUCCAGUCAAAGUUUGAACCGGUUCGAAGUCGACGAGAUUUGGUGAGUGUUGGCGGUCAAAUGAUAGGGAGAGUUGAAACUCUCAUCAGCUCUUCUCGUUUGACUGUGCCUGAAGUCUCACAGAUUUAUUUCUUUAAAUUAAAUUAUAUUUAGAUAUAUAGUAUAUACAGUGCCCAUAAAUAUCCAGUUAUCAUUUAUGUUUCAUAGACCAAAAAGGUGAAAUGCAUGGACUUGUAUUUGUGCAGUACAUCUUCAAAGGAGCAGAACACCAAGUCAGUGUUCAAAGUCAUGGUAACACUAUGGACAAAUCGACGAGAUAUUACCGGACUUCGCAUGCUUCGCAGGAAAGAAUAUCGGUGUUAUGUGACGAGAUAAAAUCGCCAACCGUAGCAUUCCACGAAAAAAUAGAUAAACAAGGUGGCAUAACACAAUUUAGGAAUGCUGCCUGCCAUGCCAGGAAUGUGCGACAAGUUAAACACAUUAAAAGGGCCACAUGGGAUCAUCAGCCCAAUGACCCACACGGGAUCAUCAGCCCAAUGACCAGAUUUUGGAGUUGA